UAGAUAGAUAGAUAGAUAGAUAGAUAGUCAGUCAAAUAUACAGUAUGUAUGGUGUGAGUGCCGAUGCGCGCUGAGCACAAUGUGCGCAUGCGCACUUCUUGCGCCAUACAUCUCAAGGGAACCUCAGCUCCGGGCUCAGUGCUCGGAAGGCAGAAGGAGAAACGAAGACACGGAAUCGGGCUCUCGCUCCCCAAAGCCGGCUGGUGGCGACUCUUAGUAAUCCUCGUGGACAUUGACAUCUUAAGCGUUUUGUUUGAACUGGGACAGUUUAUUUUCUUGGGUCAUUUCAACCCGUUUGGAUUCUACGUUGAUUUGACGUCUUCCACCCCCCGCGCAGCUCUCACCGUACUGGACUCAGGACUGGACUAAACUCUGAGGGAAAGUGAUCUGAGAAAGCGAUUGGAGGAUCGAAGGAGGGAGCAUUUUCUCAUUGAGAAGUGGCUAGAGUACAGAGAAGCACAUGAAGAGCGGUGUGACAGCAGCAUCCUGACGAGUAACCUUGCAACUGCACCACCCCUCAACCCCCAGAAGGAAGGAAACCUGCCACCACUCCUCCUAUAGGCAUGAGGUCCUUCCGUUCCUUCAGCAAUGACGACCGCCACGUCAUGGCAAAGCACUCCACCAUCUACCCGUCCUCUCACGACUUGGAGGCGGUUCAGACGCUGGUAUCCAACGUGGAGUGCGCCCUCAAACACGUCUCGGACUGGCUGGAUCAGACGAGCUCGGAGGUUCCCGACCAGCUCGAUAGUCAAGCGGCCGACGGCAAGGAGGAGGAGGAACCUACUGAGGAAGAUGAGGGGACCAGUGCCAGCACCAGGGAGCCCAGUAGUGGAAGAGUGCUGUGUGGAGUGAUGAGAAUUGGCCUGGUUGCCAAAGGUCUACUCAUAAAAGGAGACAUGGACCUGGAGCUGGUGUUGAUGUGCAGAGACAAACCCACACAGACGCUACUCCAUUCUGUCUGCCACAAUUUACCCGGGCAAAUAGAGAAGCUGACAGAGGAAAAAUACGAGGUCACGAGCUCACCGUCUGAAGCGGCCAUCCUGGUACGGGCUACAACCGAGCCCAAACUCACACUGAAAAUCACCCUAACCUCUCCGGCCAUGAGAGAUGACGAGGAGGAGGAGGAGGAGGAGGAUGAAGAGGAGGAGGGGGAGGAGCAGGAGGUGGAGGGAGAAGGAGGAGAGGAAAAUGAGGAGUUACGUGGGGAGGAGGCCGAGGAGGCGGAGGCAGAACAGGUGGACGAAAUGGAAGAACAGGAGAAGAGGAAUGGCCACGUGUUGGGUGCUGCUGCGCAAAGAGUGGAGGCUGAGGAGGAGGAAGAGGGAGAGGUGCUGGAUAGACACAGAUGUCUGUUGGCCCUGGCAGCGCUGCGACACGCCAAGUGGUUCCAGGCUCGAGUGAAUGGACUCAAGUCCUGCGUUAUCGUUCUCAGGAUACUCCGAGACAUGUGCAAUCGACAACCCGCAUGGGAACCUCUUAACGGAUGGCCUUUGGAACUUAUCUGCGAGAAGGCCAUUGCCACUUGCAACAGACCUCUCGGGGCAGGAGAAGCCUUGCGUCGGGUGAUGGAGUGUUUGGCUUCUGGCAUACUGCUACCAGGCGGUCCAGGUUUACGUGACCCGUGCGAGAAAGAGCCCACAAACACAUUAGUCAACAUGACGGUCGAGCAGGCCGAGGCCAUUACCUACAGCGCGCAGCACGCUCUGAGGCUCAUGGCAUUUGGACAGAUCAGCAAAGUGCUGGAGAUGGAGCCUCUUCCGUCAAAUAAACCAUUGCAGAAAUACCCCUGGUGUGACAAAGAAGGCUUCGGUCUGAAAAGGCCAUACGACGAAGGAAUGAUGGAUGACAAGGACCUCAUCAAGAAGAUGAAGAGGAACCUUAGAAGAGUUCUUGACAGUAAAGCCAUAGACUCCAACCAGCCAAUGAAUGCCCUGAUGCGGUUGAACCAGAUCCGUCCAGGGCUGCAGUAUCGCCUGCUGUCCCAAUCGGGCCCGGUUCACGCCCCCGUUUUCACAAUGUCGGUGGACCUGGAUGGAACUGUUUACGAAGCAUCGGGGUCCUCCAAAAAGACCGCCAAACUCCAUGUCGCUGUCAAGGUUCUCCAGGCGAUGGGUUACCCGACUGGUUUUGACUCAGACCUAGACCCCAUGAGCUCAGAUGAGAAGUCCGAUGGCGAGGGAAAGAGCGAGACGUCGUCGCACACGAGCAAUAAUGCAACGCACUCCUCGGAAAGCUCCAACACACUGGAGGUGCGAACUCAGGGCCCCAUAUUGACGGCGAGCGGGAAGAACCCUGUCAUGGAACUAAACGAAAAAAGGCGAGGUCUCAAGUAUGAGCUCAUCUCUGAAAGCGGAGGCAGUCAUGAUAAGCGCUUUAUCAUGGAGGUGGAGGUGGACGGGCAGAAGUUCCGUGGGGCGGGCCCCAACAAAAAGGUAGCAAAGGCCAGCGCUGCUUUGGCAGCACUGGAAAAACUCUUCUCCGGCCCCAACGCUGCUGCAAACAAGAAGAAGAAGCUUCUGCCUCAGACCAAAGGAGCGCUGGCUGCGGCGGCCGCAGCCUCGGCGGUGGCGGCGCAGGUAGCUCGAGGAAGAGGGAGAGCUACCCUCGCAAGGGGAGCCUUUGUCAGCGCCGCCGCACCGGGAUACGUUACGCCAGGCUUCGGAACGCCGUACGCCUACAGCCCCGCCGCCGCCGCAGCUGCUCCUGCUUACGGGGGUCUUUUCAUAGACAAUCCCUUCUACCAGCCGCGGACCCUCGCGCCCUUCAUCAUCCACCUGGGCCCCCAGGAUCUCUUCUCUGACUUCUAGAGAAGAGGACAGGUUUUUGGACCCCCCCCUCGUCGCACUUCCUGCCUGUCUUUUUUGGGUUUUUUUGCCUUUGUAUUCUUGCUGCUGCACUCACAGAUUUCUAAACAGGCAGCAGAAUGUGACGCUUGAAUUCUUCUGUGCGAAGCGGACGCAUCACGGUGGAAGGACGGACGGGCGGGCGGGGGCCGGACUACUUUACCCUAAAGCAAUACUCGCAUUUGACGAGAAAAGCGCGAACGGGCUGGUCGUCAUAGCAAUAGCAAUACACACAAACUCCUCUUCGAGAAGAAUGUCCGGCGACUACCCGCGGUCGGCGUUGCAAUAGCUCGUCUUGAUUGUAUCCAAAUGAUGUGCGUGUGAACGUGUGAAUAUGACAUAUAUGCCUAUAUAUAGUACAUCUAUUUAAACUGUGUUGACGAUAAUAUUACUAUGAUGUAUCUAUGUAAAUACAUUUUAAAGGAUAACUUAUUGUUACAAAUUAUUUUAGGAUGAUACAGUGAAAUGUACCUGUAAUAGCACUAUAGCUUUCUUCCAGUUUUCUAUACACAAGCUAAUUGUAGGAGAACCAAUAUUAUCUUUGCUAUUAUUCGUAUUAACCACAGCUCUUAGAAUAAUAUAAUAAGAAUAAUAAUAACGCUCCCUUCCUUCCUUCAUGUCAUUCUGAGCCUAUGCCAAGAGGUGCUCGCUGCUUAACUCGCGGGCUGCCAUUGAUUACCGUAGACGUCCGAUCCGUUUCAACUGGGAGCUUUAUUUCAAUGACAGCCAUUGAGUUAAUAUUAGCUCAUCACACACACUGACUUGCUGUCUGAAAGCACACGUUCUAAUGCCUCGAUGCUGACACAGAAUGCUCUUUAAGUUUGUUGGGUGUGUGUUUGAUUGUAUUUAUGAAUGUCCAGUCAGCUCUGAGGGGAAUUCGCUCGUUCACCUUCAUGGGCAAAAAGCACACACAUCAAUACGUAAUGACUUUAUACUGCAUAACAAUGUGGACUCUACUAGCAAACUUUUCAAAGUAGCUACUUCUGAGUUGAUGUUGCCUCCCCACAUCGACCUGCGCUCCCAAAGGACGGUCGUUGCAGAAACUGUCAUGUUUGGAAGAAUGCUUUGGAAGAAUCCAGUCCAUUUCAUUGGCGCGUCUGUAUUUUUGGCGGGCCUACUUGACCAGCAAAACCGUCCACAGUUCCGUGCCACCUGUGCGCACAUUUACAGUGCUGGCGAAAAGUAUUGGCAGCCCUACAAUUCUCGCCGAUAAUGCUCAAUUUCUCCCAAAAAAUGAUUGCAAUUUCAAAUGCUUUGGUAGUAUAAUCCUCAUUUAUUUUGCUUGCACUGAAAAAACACAAAAGAGAAUUGGGGGGGGGGGACGACUACAUUAUCGUUUUACACAAAACUCCAAAAAUGGUCCGGACAAAAGUAUUGGCACCCUUUGAAAAAUCAUGUGAUGCUUCUCUAAUUUGUGUAAUUAACAGCAUUUGUUACUUACCUGUGGCGGCAGUAACUAAAUGACACUUGCAGCCAGUUAAAAUGGAUCAAAGUUGACUCAACCUCUGUCCCGUGUCCUCGUGUGUACCACAUUGAGCAUGGAGAAAAGAAAGAACCGUCUGAGGACUUGAGAAGCAAAAUUGUCAGGAAGCAUGGGCAAUCUCAGGGCUACAAGUCCAUCUCCAAAGACCUGAAUGUUCCUGUGUCUACUGUGCACAGUGUCAUCAAUAAGUGUAAAGCCCACGGCACGGUGGCUAACCUCCAUAGAUGUGGACAGAAAAGAAAAAUUGACGAGAGAUUUCAACAAAAGAUUGUGCAGAUGGUGGAUAAAGAACCUCAACUAACAUCCAAACAAGUUCAAGGUGUCCCGCAGUUCGACGGUACAACAGUGUCAACCCGUACUAUCUGUCGGCGUCUGAAUGAAAAGGGACUCUAUACCCAGGAAGACCCCACCUUUGACCCAUAGACGUAAAAAAGCUAGGCUGGAGUUUGCCAAAACUUACCGGAGAAAGCCAAAAACGUUUUGGAAGAAUGCUUUCUGGUCAGAUGAGAAAAAAGUACAGCUUUUUGGGAAAAAGGCAUCAACAUAAAGUUCACUGGAGAAGAAAAACGAGGCUUUGAAAGAAAAGAACACGGUCCCCACAGUCAAACAUGGCGGCAGUUCUCUGAUGUUUUGGGGUUGCUUUGCUGCUACUGGCACUGGACUGCUUGACAUGGCAUUAUGAAGUCUGAAGACUACCAACAAAUUUUGCAGCAUAAUGUAGAACGCUGGGUGUCCCUCAGAGGUCUUGGGUCUUCCAGCAGGACAAUGACCCAAAACACACUUCAAAAAGCAAAGAAAAGAAAAUGGUUUGAGAGACUUCUAAAGUGGCCAGACCUGAAUCCCAUAGAACACCUGUGGAGAGAUCUUCAAAUCUCAGAGACCUGGAGCAGUUGGCCAAAGAAGAAUGGUCUAAAAUUCCAGCAGAGCAUUGGAAGAAACUCAUUGAUGGAUACCGGAAGCGGUUGUUCGCAGUUAUUUUGUCCACAGGUUGUGCUACCAAGUAUCAAGCUGAGGGUGCCAAUACUUUUGUCCGGCCCAUUUUUGGAGUUUUGUGCAAAAUGAUAAUGAUUUAAUUUUUUUUUUUCACUGCAAGCAAAAUAAAUGAAGAUAAGAUUUGUAAUUGCAAUCAUUUUCUGGGAGAAAUUGAGCUUUAUCUGACAGAAUUGCAGGGGUGCAAAUACUGUUGGCCAGCACUGUAUGAUUUGAUGUUGCAUCAUUAGGUCGGAAACUAGCCUCCCCUCAUCCACCUGUGCUCCCAAAACACGGUCGUAGCAGAAAAUCGUCAUGUACGGUGCCAUUUUUGGAAGAAUCCAGUCCAUUUCAUUGGCGCAUCUUUAUUUUUGCCGGGUCUAGUUGACCAGCAAAACUGAAUUUCACAUGAGUCGUGUCGCCUUUGCGCACAUUUAAUUGUCGUGUUUUAAGAGAUUUCUAGCUGGUUUAUUCGGGUGCAGAAUUUAGGCAAUACAUAUACAUAAUCAUCAUUCACUCGUUCACUGCCAUUGACUGUGAUAGACGGCUAAUCCAUUUGAAGUGGAAGGGGCUGGCAAUGAAUGAUCAUAAAUGUUGCCUAUUUAUCUUGUUUGAACGUCAAACUGUCACAUUAGCAAUUUUGUGUUGUAAAGGUAAAAAAAGAAGCUGUCAUAACAACCUUUUAAUGCAAAUACAAGAAACUAUUCCUUUUCAUAAUGUGACAACAACACGCAAUAAUUCCCACACUGCUGUCAGCCAGACAAGAAAAUAACCUGCUUCAUUUUGGUCUGAAGUUGUGUUAUCUCCUCGUCUCUUCUUUAAGGAAAAAAAUGAUUGAUUCAUUUUUUCGAGAUGAUUUUUCCAAAGCCGCCGAACUUUUCAUUUAGUUGUGCUCCUUUGGAUCGGUACAAAGUCCUGGAUCUGGAUGAGACGGUCCCUUUCUUUGCAGCUCAUUGAUUUUGCAAGUGAUAAAUGUAAGCGUUGGCAGAGGUCUUAAUUAGGCCCAUAAAUGUAGUACAUAUUUGGCUUCACUCCUUUUUUUUUUUUUUUUUUUUGAAUCUGUAAACAAGUCCAGCUUUUUGUCUCAUCGGCACAGAGGAGCCGAGGACGAUUCGGAACUUUAUUAAGUGGAAUCCGACCUUCGAGAGGAGACCAUUUGUGUCUUUCCCCUCCUGCCUGGUCUCUGCUACUCUGCGCGUGGCCCCCUGCCCCCUCUCCAGAUGGCCCACAUUAAUGAGGCAGACAUCGAGCAACCUCCUCAUUUCCCUCCAGACUCGGGAGUCGCACACUUUGCCCGCUGCAAAUGAUAUAGAACGUGGACGGUUGCACGCGUGGAUGGAUCUUAAUGUGAAUGUUCUGAACCCCUGUUUACACAUCUCACUGAGCGUUAAACUCCCAUAGCUGGCAAACGGCCGUUGAUCGACAAUUCCACACAAUUAGUUUAUCAAGGGUUUAUGAUGCCGAUCGUGAGACAAAUGAGGCAUUAUUUCACGUCGAGCCAGUAGAGGACAGCAACGUCACAUAUUCACGGUGCUGUUCUAAUUCGACUUUCACGCGUACAACCUUUGAUGUAAAAGCACAAUAGAGAUGCACGUCUCACUCAGGGCUACACAGGAACUUCCUCACUUUGGCUGGUGACUCAUUUUUGAGAGAUGGUCUACAUGACAGUGCUACCUUGACUUUAUGUGUUCAGUUACCACGAUCGCAACUCAAAUGACUUGUAACCCUAAUGACAUUGUUGUAUUGAUAUUAAUAGAAAUUCAUCCAUUCCAGACCUUGACAAAUUAUCCAGCAAACGUGUCAAAUGAUUGAGAAAAAGAAGCACGACACAAGUGUUGUACUGACAUUACUAAGCUGUAUAGUAUUAAAUACUGCAGCUACAUAGAAUGUUAUUCACUCAACAUGAAGAAUGCGGCUUUAUUGAUAGGAGAUUCUCAGUCUGUAUUUUGCGGCACUAAUUCGGGUUCAGAUAACUUAAUAAUGUAGCCAUGUAGUGGACCAGGGAUGAUCAUUACGUCUAUUUCGAUCUACUAGGCGAUUGCAACGCUAGUGAGGGUAGAUCACGGAAUCAAAAAUUUUUUUUCCCCCCCCUUUAAUUUGGGGUGUGGGGGUUAAGGGUUAAUCAAAUGUUGUUGUUUUGCUGCUGACCUUUGUAGGCGCUAUAUGACGAUAUACAGAUAAAGUUGAAUUGUAUCGAAGGAAAAAACAAAAAUAGAAAUUCUGUCAGACUAUCCUCCAUUCCGUCACUUGAUUGAUACACCUUGAAACCCUAACCCUAAAUACAGUGGUACCUCUACUUUCGACUUCAAUUAGCUCUGGAAAUACAGUCCCUGACAAAAGUGUUUUCGCUUAUCCAUUUUGUAGAAACAAUUGCUAAUAACUAGGGCUGUCAAACAAUUAAAAAUUUUAAUCGAGUUAAUUACAGCUUAAAAAUUAAUGAAUCGUAAUUAAUCGCAGUUCAAACCAUAUAUAAAACAUGCCAUAUUUUUCAGUAAAUUGUUGUUGGAAUGGAAAGAUAAGACACAAGACGGAUAUAUACAUUCAACAUACGGUACAUAAGUACUGUAUUUGUAAAGACAAUAAAUCAACAAGAUGGCAUUAACAUUAUUAACGUUCUCUUAAAGCGGUCCAUGGAUAGAAAGACUUGUAGUUCUUAAAAGAUAAAUGUUAGUACAAGUUAUAGAAAUUUUAUACUAAAACCCCUCUUAAUGUGUUCGUUUUAUUAAAAUUUGUAAAAUUUUCAAUCAAAAAAUAAACUAGUAGCUUGCCAUUGUUGAUGUCAACAAUUACACCAUGCUCAUUGUGCUGAAGCCCAUAAAAUCAUUUUGACCCAAGCGCCAGCAGAGGGCGCCAAACACCAAAAAGCAAGUAACAAGCGGACAUUACACUGCUGUCAUUUUAAUCUGUUUGAGCGGGGCAUGUGCGUUAAUUGUGUCAAAUAUUUUAACAUGAUUACUGAAAAAAAUAAUUACCGCCCGUUAACGCGAUAAUUUUGACAGCCCUACUAAUAACCUGACUUUUAAUGAUUCAAUUGGUUUCAGAAAUGGCUCAUAUGAAAGCGAAGACCCUCCCAAAUGAUAUUGAAUGUCAUUUGGCACCCCACACAAGUUAGCGACGUGAUAUUCACUUGUUGUGAGGUUGCUUCUCCGCCAACCAGCGGUGGAAUUUAUGCUCGCUUGUGUGCCAAAGUUUUGCUCUCAAAGCAAAUAAGUGAAUACACACCUCCAAAAGUAAGUUGAGGGCCUCGUAAAUCAUUGUACCGCUGUACAAUCUAGGUUAGGCUCACAGGCACUUAAUUACCUGUAAUUUGGGCCUAGUAAAGCUAUGAAAAAUCACUUGCAUAUGUAAGCUUUUUUUUGUUUGUUUGUUUGAUUUUUUUCCCCCUUGCAAUUGUCUGAAAAAACUUUGGUGCCUGAAGUGUAAAAGGAUUUUCUGGGCUGGGAUGCAGCAAUAUAUUUCUGAGUUGCUGCGUGUUAUCGCAUCAUCCACCUGCCAGUGAGGGGAAAAAAUAUAUUGCAGAGACACAGGAUGUCUUUUGAUUCUCACACCAAACACUGAAAACAGCUCAGGUGGUUUGCACUAGGUUGCAAUAGUCAGCAUACAGUGCUGGCCAAAAGUAUUGGCGCCCCUGCAAUUCUGUCAGAUAAUGCUCAAUUUCUCCCAGAAAAUGAUUGCAAUUACAAAUGCUUUGGUAGUAAUAUCUUCAUUUAUUUUGCUUGCAAUGAAAAAACACAAAAGAGAAUGGGGGAAAAAAAUGAAAUCAUGAUCAUUUAACACAAAACUCCAAAAAUGGGCCAGACAAAAGUAUUGGCACCCUUUUCAAAAGUCAUGUGAUGCUUCUCUUAUUUGUGUAAUUAACAGUACCUGUUACGUACCUGUGGUGGCAAUGACUAAAUGACACUUGCAGCCAGUUCAAAUGGAUUAAAGUUGACCUUCUGUCCUGUGUGUACCACAUUGAGCAUGGAGAAAAGAAAGAAGACCAAAGAACUUUGGACUUGAGACGCAAAAUUGUCAGGAAGCAUGGGCAAUCUCAAGG